AUGGCCGACCCCCAGCUUGUAGAAGGCCCUCCUCCAGCCAAGAGGCCAAAACUUGCGUCACCUGCUUUACCAAGUGAUAGCGGAGAUGCUUUUCCCGAGUUCGAUUUAAACGAAGAGUUACCAGAUGAGUUAAUUAGUACCAAUAACUCGGCGAGCGAUGGGUCCCACAAUGGAACAAACGAUUCAUCUCAAGUUCAGCCCGGUCAAGAAGCGACAACGACGGCAACAUCGCAGCAAAGGCACUCAUCAUCUCAUCAACAGUUAUCUCAUCUACUGCAGCCUGCUUCUGUCUCUACUCAUUCGAGCGGUAAUAGUAUUUCGAGUCCGCACAGCUCCCAAAACCAGGGGCCCACCACUGGACCACCAACCAAUAGCAGACAGAUAAUUCCCAACAUCAACUCCAGUGUUAGUAUAAACAACACUGUGAAAAGUCCACUGUCUGCAAACCUUUCUUCCCCACCUCAUGGAUCGGUCAGUAAGGCCGGAACACCUUCGCCCCAUGUUGUUAGCCCCGACCUGCCACUGACCAGUAGCACUAGUAGCUCAUCUUUUUCAUCAUCUACUGUUGGUGUAACUGGCGGUGGUACUGGUGGUGGUGGUGGUGGAGGUAACACCCACUUAGGACCUUCUUCAGGAGUUGCCCUAAAAUCGGUAUCCUCCCAGCCGGCGCUAACUCAAAGUACUGUUAGCAUUUCGCAAACUCCUCACAACAGUCAUAUUUUAAACGGACCACAUUACUCAUCUAUGAGUGCGCCAGGCCCUGCUGCAAGAGAUUCCACGACUAAUCUGACCGCUGGAGGUCUUUCCCUACCACAAAACAAUGUUAUGGGUCCCACUAUGAGUACACAAAUUCAACUACCAUCCCAUUCUGUUGGACACCCGGCACUAACAGCGGCAGCUGCAGCUCAAACACCAAUGAUGAAGACUGGGCAGCAAGGUCAGCAACCUCCUACUGCAGAUCCUGAAAAGCGGAAACUCAUCCAGCAGCAACUUGUUUUACUUCUUCAUGCUCAUAAAUGCCAAAGGCGAGAACAAGCGAAUGGUGAAGUCGCUUCAUGUAUUCUUCCGCAUUGUAGAACAAUGAAGAGUGUUUUGAAUCAUAUGACAACUUGUAAUGCAGGCAAAUCUUGUCAAGUUGCUCAUUGUGCAUCAUCUCGUCAGAUCAUCACUCACUGGAAGAAUUGUACACGAAGUGACUGCCCCGUUUGUUUACCAUUGAAGCAUGUGUCUGAUAAGCGAACGCCUGGAGUUGUACAACAGACACCUAGUGUUCCUGUUAGCACUCAGUCUCCUGGUGUUAGAGAUAUGCAGCGUGCAUAUGAUGCUCUAGGCCUUUCAUACAAGCAGGCCACUAGUGGUAAUGCCGUUCCUCCUAUUCGACCAAGUAUUUCAACUCAACCAGGCCAAGUACCAGCACAGCCAGGUAUGCUAUCAACUCAGUUGAAUCCUAAUAAUCAGAAUGCCCAACGUCAAGAUAUGAUACAAAGACCGCAGGCCACUGGUGUUUUAUUUGGUGUUACAAGUGGAGUUGCAGCAAAUACUGGAGUACAAGCUUUGAAUCAGACCAAUAGAGGCUCAAAGUCAUGGCAUCAGUGUGUCACUCAAGAUUUAAGAAAUCAUCUUGUUCAUAGGUUAGUACAUGCAAUAUUUCCCACUCCUGAUCCAGCAGCAUAUAAGGACAGGAGAAUGAAAAAUCUAGUCGAUUAUGCCAAGAAAGUUGAAGGUGACAUGUAUGAAACGGCUAAUGAUAGAGAAGAGUAUUAUCACUUAUUAGCAGAGAAAAUUUAUAAAAUACAAAAAGGAAUUAGAGGAGAAAAGAAUGAAACGGCAACAACAAAAUAUGCAACCUGUCAGCCAAAUGGACCUCUGUUGAAUUCUGGUCAGCGGUUACCAGGACAACUACAGAGUACUGAUCCUUAUGGACUGCCUUCAGGAACCCCAAUGCAGAGACUGCCAAUGGCAGCUUCUUUACCUCCUCGCACAACGCCACCACCUCCACCAGUCAAUGUGCGACCAAAUAGGGUAGAUGUGCCAACACAAUUUGCACAAGCUGUCAGCCGCAGUUCUGGUCCGGCAAGUACAAACCCAACACCAUCUCCACCCUUGUCAUCACCUGUAGUCUCGUCAGUAUCGCCUUCGGCAAUAAUUGCUUCAAGUCCUUCGUAUCACGUAGAUCCACUCCAACCAAUUCCUUCACAGCUGAGUGGAUUACUUUCUGAAUCUCAACCACUGCCGAUUCCUCAGCAGCAACCAACAGCACCUGCCCCUGCUCAGACGCAUCAGCCAAUUCCUCAGCAGCCACAGACACAGCCUCUUCCGACCGUUCCCUCAACAACUCAGCAGCAACCAGUAACACUUCCUCAGACACACAUGCAGCCGUCUAUACAAAUACCACCACAAACACAGCCUAUGCAGCCUCAUCAGCAACAGCCUCAGCAACCACCUCCAACACCACAGCAACAACAAGCAACCAUUCAGCCACAACCAACCCAAGUAUCUCAGCCGUCACAGCAAACCACAUCGCAACCCCAGCAACCUACCCAACAACAAAAGCCACCUACACCACAACAGCAACAUACACCAAAACAGCAGCAACCCCCUUCUCAACCUACAACUCCACAGUCCAACACCCCACAGAAAGUAUUACCACAAUCUCAACAGGGUGGUACUGGCCAAAAGGCACUAACACCACAAAAGCCUCAGCCAUUGACACCAAAACAAAUAACACAGCCAAAUCAAACAGAGAUGAUGUCCAAAGGAAAGCAGUUACCAUUGCCAGAAUCUGUUGAGCUAUUGCCUGAAUUGAAAGUAAAGCAGGAGCCUGGAUUAUGUUUAUCAGAAGCACUUUCUACUGUGAAAGAAGAGCCUGUUGCUGAAACAACUAGUCCUGAAUCUACCGCAUGUGGAAAUACAGAAAAUAUAAAUGGUGGUGAAUCAAAAGCUAGCCCUCUGGGGCCAUUAGCACAAACUACCUCAGGGUCAGGCACACCACCAAAAUCUAAGAAAGUUUUUAAGCCAGAUGAACUGCGCCAAGCACUGAUGCCAACUUUGGAAAAGCUUUACAGGCAGGACCCAGAGUCUUUACCUUUCAGACAGCCGGUUGAUCCUAGUCUUCUGCAGAUUCCUCUUCCCCAUCUAACACAGACACAGGACAAGAAAUGGAAACAUUUUAAGGAUUAUUUUAUGAUAAUCAAAAAGCCCAUGGAUCUCUCCACUAUUAAAAGAAAAUUAGACACUGGACAGUAUCAAGACCCAUGGCAGUAUGUUGAUGAUGUGUGGCUUAUGUUUGAUAAUGCAUGGCUAUACAAUAGGAAAACUUCCAGAGUCUAUAAAUACUGUUCAAAGUUGGCUGAGGUCUUUGAAGGUGAAAUUGAUCAAGUUAUGCAGUCCCUUGGCUAUUGUUGUGGCCGCAAGUUUGUUUUCAGUCCACAAGUGCUUUGUUGUUAUGGAAAACAAUUGUGUACAAUACCACGGGAUGCUGUAUAUUAUAGCUAUCAAAACAGAUAUGUUUAUUGUGAGAAGUGUUUCCAGGAAAUCCAAGGAGAAGAGGUUGAAUUAGCAGAAGACCCGUCUCAACCUGUAACGAAUCUCACAGCGCUCUUAGGAUCAUCUAAUUUCACAUCAUACGAGUCACGGACAGUCAAUCCAAGGCGGAUACAAAAGGAAGCGUUUUCCAAACUGAAAAAUGAUCAGUUGGAUUUGGAACCGUUUGUUGAGUGUUUAGAAUGUGGACGAAAGCUACAUCAAAUCUGUGCUUUAUAUUUUGAACCACUCUGGCCUAAUGGGUUUUAUUGUGAUAACUGUCUCAAGGCAAAAGGUAAACAGGGUAAAAAAGAAGGAAAAUAUACUUGUAAACCUUUUCCACGUUAUACAGGUCUCCCGAAUACAAAACUUGGAAUAUACCUUGAAAACCGUGUAAAUAAUUUCCUCAAAAAUAAAGAUGCAGGUGCUGGAGAAGUAACUAUCCGGGUUUUGUCAAGUUCAGAUAAAUCAGUGGAGGUGAAACAAGGAAUGAAAAGCCGGUUUGGGGAUGAAAUGCCAGACAGCUUUCCAUAUAGAGCUAAGGCAAUGUUUGCAUUUGAAGAAAUUGAUAAUGUUGAUGUUUGUUUCUUCGGUAUGCAUGUACAGGAAUAUGGCUCAGAUUGUAACCAACCAAAUAAAAGGCGUGUGUAUAUAUCUUAUUUGGAUAGUGUUCACUUUUUCCAACCACGAUCUCUCAGGACAGCUGUUUAUCAUGAAAUUCUGAUUGCUUAUUUGGAAUAUGUAAGGCGAUUAGGAUACACAAUGGCUCAUAUAUGGGCUUGUCCUCCUAGUGAAGGAGAUGAUUAUAUUUUUCACUGCCAUCCUCCAGAACAGAAAAUUCCCAAACCUAAACGGCUGCAAGAAUGGUACAAGAAGAUGCUGGAUAAAGCUAUUAUUGAGCGUGUUGUGAUUGAUUACAAGGAUAUUCUAAAAGAUGCUGUAGAAAACAACCUUACAAGUGCAACGGAGAUGCCAUAUUUUGAAGGAGAUUUCUGGCCAAAUGUUCUUGAAGAAAGCAUCAAAGAACUGGACCAAGAGGAAGAAGAGAAGCGGAAAAGAGAAGAAGCAGAAGCUGCUGCUGCUGAAGAAGCAGCAGAACAAGGAGAAGAAGGAGAAGCAGGCCAAUCAUCAUUUCAGAAUGGUCAGGGCAAGAAGAAAGGACAGAAAAGUGGUCGAAAUAAAAAAGCUAAUAAAAACAAAAGCAACCAGCGGAAAAAUAAUAAGAAAACCAACCUGCCUCAUGGUGGAAAUGAUCUCUCAGCAAAGUUAUACUCUACCAUGGAAAAACAUAAAGAAGUAUUUUUUGUCAUCCGUCUUCAUACCCAACAGGCAGCGAGUACAUUACCACACAUAGAAGACCCAGAUCCUCUAAUUUCUUGUGAUCUGAUGGAUGGUCGUGAUGCAUUUCUUACCAUUGCAAGAGAAAAGCACUAUGAGUUUUCUUCUUUACGAAGAGCAAAGUAUUCUUCAAUGGCAUUACUUUAUGAAUUGCAUAAUCAGGGAAGGGACAGUUUUGCCUACAAUUGUAACAAUUGCAAAUCUCUUGUUGAGACUAGAUAUCAUUGCUCCCAAUGUGACGAUUAUGACCUUUGUGUUCCUUGUUAUGAGAAGGAAGGUCAUCCACAUAAAAUGGAUAAACUAGGAUUUGACCUUGAUGACGGGACCACAUCAGCAGAAAAACAAGAAAAUCCUCAGGAAUGUCGGCGACAAUCUGUUCAAAGGUGCAUUCAAUCUAUUAUACAUGCUUAUCAGUGCCGGGAUGCUAACUGUCGCCUUGCUAAUUGUCAAAGGAUGAAGCGUGUUGUUGCACACACAAAAAUUUGUAAGCGUAAGACAACUGGUGGUUGUCCAAUUUGCAAACAGUUGCUAGCAUUGUGCUGUUAUCAUGCAAAACAUUGCACAGAAAACAAAUGCCCAGCUCCAUUCUGCUUCCAGAUCAAGCAUAAGUUAACACAGCAACAAUUGCAGCAGAGAUUGCAACAAGCUCGAAUGAUUCGUCGACGUAUGGAAACAAUGACACAGCGAAACUCAAGUAGCACUGUGCAGUCAUUACCACAACAACCACAGUUGCCGCCAUUCGGUGGGAAACCCCAGGGUCCCCCUCCAGGUGCUAUGCAGGCGGCCCGUCAAGCCCAGGAAGCAGCUCAGCGUCAAGCCGUCUCAUUAGGCAAACCCUCAGGCCCUAUCAACAGCCUACCACCACAAGCUGCAAAGAUCCAAGCAAUGCAGUCUAAAACAGUCAAUCCAAUGGCACAGACUACAAUGAUGCAAUCAUGGCAAGCAUACCCAAGUCAACAGGGAGCUCCUCCACCCCAACCAGUUCCUCCUCCUCCUCCACCACAGCCACGCCAGAUGCCACCACAAAGAAUGCCAAUGCAACAGACUCCUCCACAACAGCAACAACAACAGCCACCACCACCAGGGGGAGCACCACUCAACACAGGGAUGUCCCCUACACCGCAAAGGACAUCUAUGCAGCAAUUGAAGCAAGUGUUGAAAACACCACAGUCCCCCCAGCAACAAACCCAAAUUCUUAACAUCUUAAAAUCUAACCCAAAUCUAAUGGCAAUGUUCAUAAAAAAUCGUGAUCAUCAUCAACAGCUGCAGCAGCAGCAACAACAGCAGCAGCAGCAGCAGCAGCAGCAAAUGUCUAAUAUGCAAAGCCUUCAGCAACCAGGUGGUCAACAGGUAGCAGCACAGCAGCAGUGGUAUACAAAAUUGCCUGUUCAGGCCAGGCAGCAACAUCAACAGCAGCCAGCUAUGGCUCCAUUUCCACAAGCAACGCAGUUUACACAACGAACAAGAAUGAGCUUCUCCCAGCCAGGUUUUCAAGGUGAUGGCUCACAGCAUAUGGCCCCACAGUUUCAGCAGCAGAUGCUACAGCAGCAAAUCAAACAGCACAUCUCUGGUGGACAGCCUGUCAGUCCCCAACAAAUGCUGGCCCAACAGACAGCCCCUUCCCCACAGCAAAUAAUGCAGCAGGUGCGUUCUCCUCCAACUUCCGCAUUACCACAGACUGUCCGCUCACCCCAGCCAACCCCAUCACCACGGCAGCAAGCCAUACCCUCGCCUAGACAGCCUCAACAGUCACAUCAUAUACCUCCUACCACUCAUUCACCUCAUCCUGCUGUCGCUGGGACGACAACAACUACUACCACCAACCCUGACCCUAAUCAAAUCCAUUCAGAACAGGUUUUGCUCCCACAGUUACAAACUCAUGGUAACGUCUCACAGCUUAAAAGUCCAAGCGGGUCAGAAUUAACUUUGGGACAAGAUUCUGAAGUUUCUUCAAUAAAUCCACAGGACUCGCUAAAAUUGGUUGACAAAGUGUAG